AAAAGAGAAGGGCAAUAAUAAAGAAGAAACAAAGGACUGAAAAGCAAAACCCUAGCUCUUCGGGCACCUAUGGUGAUGGCGACAGCGACGGCGAUCUCCGGCCGCGUAUCCGGCGAGGCCAGCGCAAUCCUCGCUCCUUCCGCUAUGUCCCUCUCCGCGCCGGUCCGACGCGCCGCCAACUCCAAGGGAUGCUUUCGUGCUUUUCCUCGUGUUGCAUCUAGCAAGCUCAUGCUUACACCAGGACGACUAUGCAUUGAGCGCCAAAGCUGUCCACGGAUAUAUAGUGCCUGCUCUGCUCUUUCAAGGCGGGACUUCUCUCCUGUUACUCAAGACAUGGAAGGCUUCCUUCACAGUAUUGUUAAUAUGGGAUUUCUUGACCGUCUGAAACUGGCUUGGAAGAUAAUCUUCCCAGCACCAACCAUACAUGAGAACACAAAUGCAAGUAUUGCAAAGCAGAGGCUGAAGAUGAUUCUAUUCUCCGACAGGUGCGAGGUCAGUGACGAAGCAAAGAAAAAGAUAGUGGAAAACGUUGUUGAGGCACUAUCUGAAUUUGUCGAGAUUGAAUCACGUGAUAAUGUACAAGUGGAUAUCUCGACUGAUGCUGGCCUUGGCACAGUGUAUUCUGUGACUGUUCCAGUGCGCCGUGUAAAGCCUGAGUACCAGGAAUCUGAAGAGCAGUACAGAGGAAAAAUCGUUGGUGUUGACUUCAAGGACACUGGAGAAUCAUCUGGUAAUGUUGAUGUCACCUUUGAUUUCUAUGUUCCGAAUGAGAACCACUGAUUCCUUGACCUAGCGCGCUAUGUUGUGUUCCUUAUCGCCUCUUGAGACUCCUCAGGUAGGAUGCUAGAAUUUCACUUCUGAUGUAAAUAUCUAGGCUUUUCUUUCAUUUGGUGUUUCAUGUAAUUCGAUUUUAGAAUUUUGUUCAUGAGGUGGCAGACAUGUGUUGCCAGAUUCUUGAAAUCAUAUUUUCCACUUGUGUUGUGUUAUUUGGUGAAGUUACAUUGUGCCAAGGAUUUUCUCAGUUA